AUGAGGGAAAAGCUGAAGGCUGUUCUCCAUAGGAGGAAGAAGUCAACGCCAACCCAUUCCCCUCGAACAUCAUACGAGAAAUCCGAAGGAAGCAGUCCGCGUGCUGAGCGCCACCAUGCCUCAUUACCUCAACACCAUCCAAGUUCUGAAGCUCACAACCGCGUCUUACCAACUCACUCUGCCUAUGAUGGUGAACGGUCCAGUCAUUCGCCAGCCUCGCAGUUUACGUCCUCUCAGGAUGACCAGUCUAGAAACACUGACCUCACUGGCUCUAUUGCAGACGACUACAGAUCUUACCUCCCGGCGAUAGCUCCAAUUGACAAUUCGCCAAGUCAGCAACAGACUUCAAUGGCUGGUGACAGGCAUGCCCUCAAUGGCGCAGGCGAUGGAAGAUACGCAGAAGAAAUAGCAGACAAGAACGUACAUCAACGGAAAUCAUCUCUCCAAGCUCAUCAUUCGAAGCCCCUCCCAGUGAUUCCAAACUCUUCCAACGUUGAACACGACCAUUCUCACAAGCAACCGAUUGCUACUGGGCCUAUCAGUAGCACAAUACACCCAAUACCUUCAAGGACAACAGCAGGAAAACACGCGAUAGUUGGGGAUAGAAUAGCGGAAAAUGGUCAGCUAAAGAGUCUAGAUGGCAAGGAAACACGCACAGCGUCAUCAGGAAAGAUUACCCAUCACCAAGACAUGUUUGUCAAGCCUCGCCACGAUCACGAGACUGCCAAAGACUAUGACAGUAUCCAUCGUGGCCAAGACUGGAAAGCGAAGCAGCAAUCGAUGCUUGAGGGCGUUGUAGAUCUGAAUAAUACCGUGGAUACAGAUAGGGAUACUACAUGGGCCCCUGCUGUCACACAUGAAGUUAUCAAGCCCCACGAACACGAGGUCAUUCAGCAUCGGCUCUAUCGAGAGAUCCACAACUAUACCUACUACCACCGACUACAACCAGUCCUACAUACCGAAGUUCUCCCACCGCGUCACUUCAUUCCCAACCCUGACGGCGAGGGCUUGAUCGAGAUCUCUGCCGACGAACUGCCGGCUCGUACGGGCAAGAACAGAUGGUGGGAUAUUGUCCAAAAAGAGCCAGUGCUCCCACAGGGUGCGUUUGAGUGGCGUACAGAGCCGGAAAUCAUCGAAAGCCAAGGCCAAGACAUGUCAAAUUACCGUGGAAUGGUGCAGCCAGUACAUUUCGACCAUAAGACUGGGAAACGUUGGCUGGGAGAGUUAACGACUGUAGAGAAGCUGAAGCAAGAGUCGGAGCGCACAGAGAGCAAGGACUCCAUGGACAUGACAGAGGUCACCGCAGGCUUACCUGAAAUAUUGCCAAGCCCUACGAUCAAGCGGAAACCUGUUGGUCUAGGCUCUAUGUAG